GGUGCCCAAAAAGUAAUCAGCAACUUGCUGAAUCGCGCCAUAUCACCAAUUGGAGUCGAAAAGAAAACAGGGCACCAGCAUCUUAUCGAUCCCAUGCAGAUCAUUCUGGGCAUGAAUAUGAAGUUAGAAGGCAAGUUGGCGUUAAACAGAUGAAUAAUGAAUACACACCUAAUGAACAGUAUGGUCAUUUGAAGUCAGAAUCUGCAGUUGCUGAACGAGAAGAAGAGUUAGAGAAUCCAGAGGAAAUCCCAGCUUCGUCGCUUUAUAAAAUACCUUGGCAAAAAAAAGUGCCAAAAAAAUAUCCAGAGAGUAAACAAAAACAAGAUCCUAAUCCCUCUUAUCGUACUCAGUUUCCUUCUGGCACAUCCCAGAAGUUACAAGAACCUAUAAAUAGACUAGGAAUUCUUGGUGCUAGAUCACAUUCAAGAAUAAGAAAGGCCCCAUUUCACUCUACUAACGCCUUGAAAGUAGAAAGAAACGUUCCCAACCAGAAAGAAAUUACAUAUAAAGGGGAAGGGAAUCCAUCAAAAUGGAAACCUAUUCGUGGUCAUAAAAUUGUUGGCGAUUACAAAUCACGAAAUGAGAAAAAGACUUACAAUCCACUGAAUUCUGAAGAAGAUACUCUUACCUACAAAAUGAGGCGACAAGACGCUGAAGAAGAAGAAGAAUCAGAUCAUUAUAUACCCAUGCAUAAUGAAGAUGGUGAAGAUGGUGAUGAAGAGAACCAAGUACCGUAUUCUGCAAGGAUAAAUAAUGAUGCAAGAAGUUACAGACGUGGUAGCAGCUCUAGGUAUUCUGAAAAUGAGAUAGAUGACAAUGAGAGAACAGAAAACAUUAUUCAAUCUCGAAUCGAGCACCUGAAGGACAGCGUAAGAAGAGAGCUGGCCAGGGAAUUCUGAUUGAAACCAAAAGGCUAGAGCCCUAUCAUACGGCAAUGUUGCAGAUGGUGAUAUUAAAUGGAUUCAGUUAGGGAAGUUUAGGAAGUCUUGACAGUAUGAAUAUAAGGUAAAGAUGUGCUAGAAAUAUUUGUUUAUAGUAAAACAAUACACAGUGAAGUCAGCGCAAAACUAAAAUAAGUAUUAUUCAGUAAUGAAAUAUGUUACAAGACUGAGCUUAUCGAUUUUCAUAUACGUGUAAGUCUGAAUUUUGUAUAUGAAUAUAAAUGUUUUUCUCAAUUUUAAACAUUUUUAAGUUGAACUUUAUGUUUGCAUAUUGAAUUUUGUUUUGAAUAGAGUUAGUAAAAACGCG